GCCUUGUUCUCUGAGCGUCAGUCUCUGGCUACCUUGCCACGUCCUUGACGAUGUCUGCUUUCAAAUAUCACUUUCUCCUUCCUUCCUUCUUUCCGCCGCCUGAAUGAAUCUUUUGUUCUGUGGCAAGCCGAGAGAAAAUGGAAAGAUUGAUUCCCAAGUGUGAAAGGGGGGUGGAAGUGGUGUCUUCCAAGAGGAGUCUGGGUGCCCUGCCGGAGAGGGGAAGAUGCAGCGGGGGAGAGACCUAGAACCGCGAUCAAAGCUGCAGCAGCUGCUGGGGCUGGCGGGACAAAGGGAGGAGGGAGGAGCCUGGGCGCUGAGAAAGUUCUUGGGGAAAGUUGAGCUGAGCCAAGAGUCGGGCGGUGGCUGGGAUGGGCGGGAGGGCCCGGCCCGAUUUCCCUUGCUGCUCCCCUUGUGGCCUGACGCUGACAGAGGCAAAAAUCUGCUAACUCAGGGGGCAGACUCAACCAAGACUGCCAGCAGGCCUGGGGAAUGACCCCCCGAUCUCCAACCAGCGCCUUCCGCAGCUGCACGGCUGUCUCCAGCUGUCUCUGCCCCUGUUCCUGGACCUGGCUCCAUCCCUCUGUCACCUCACCCUUCCCUGUGCCACAUGGGCCCUCUCUCUCCUGCCAGGACGCUGCGGCUCUGGGGACCUCGGAGCCUGGGGGUGGCUCUGGGAGUCUUCAUGACCAUUGGCUUUGCACUCCAGCUCUUGGGAGGGCCCUUCCAGAGGAGGCUACCCGGGCUACAGCUCCGACAGCCCUCAGCCCCAUCCCUACGACCAGCCCUUCCGUUCUGCCCACCCCGGCAGCGACUGGUGUUCCUGAAGACGCAUAAAUCUGGGAGCAGCUCUGUGCUGAGCCUGCUUCACCGCUACGGGGACCGGCACGGGCUGCGCUUCGCCCUCCCUGCCCGCUACCAGUUUGGCUACCCAAAGCUCUUCCAGGCCUCUAGGGUAAAAGGCUACCGCCCCCAGGGUGGAGGCACCCAGCUCCCCUUCCACAUCCUCUGUCACCACAUGAGGUUCAACCUGAAAGAGGUACUUCAGGUCAUGCCUUCUGACAGCUUCUUUUUUUCCAUUGUCCGAGACCCAGCGGCUCUGGCUCGCUCUGCCUUCUCCUACUAUAAAUCCACCUCAUCAGCCUUCCGCAAGUCACCAUCCUUGGCUGCCUUCCUGGCCAAUCCUCGAGCCUUCUACAGGCCUGGGGCCCGUGGGGACCACUACGCUCGCAACUUACUAUGGUUUGACUUUGGCCUGCCCUUUCCCCCCGAGAAGAGGGCCAAGAGAGGGAAUAUUCAUCCCCCCAGAGACCCCAACCCCCCACAGCUGCGGGUCUUGCCUUCUGGUGCUGGCCCUCGAGCCCAAACCCUCAAUCUCAAUGCCCUCAUCCAUCCUGUUUCCACUGUUACUGAUCAUCGCAGCCAGAUAUCAAGCCCUGCCUCUUUCGAUUUGGGGUCUUCAUCCUUCAUCCAGUGGAGUCUGGCCUGGCUGGACUCUGUCUUUGACCUGGUCAUGGUGGCUGAGUACUUCGAUGAGUCAUUGGUUCUGCUGGCAGAUGCCCUGUGCUGGGGUCUAGAUGACGUGGUGGGCUUCAUGCACAAUGCCCAGGCUGGACGUAAGCAGGGCCUCAGCACUGUCAGCAACAGUGGACUGACUGCGGAGGACCGGCAGCUGACUGCACGGGCCCGAGCCUGGAACAACCUGGACUGGGCUCUCUAUGACCACUUCAACCGCAGUCUCUGGGCACGGAUAGAGAAAUACGGCCAGCGCCGGCUGCAGACAGCUGUGGCCAAGCUCCGGGCUCGCCGAGAGGCCCUAGCGAAACAUUGUCUGGUAGGGGGUGAGGCUUCUGACCCCAAAUACAUCACUGAUCGCCGGUUCCGCCCCUUCCAGUUUGGGUCAGCUAAGGUUUUGGGCUAUAUACUUCGGAGUGGAUUGAGCCCCCAAGACCAAGAGGAGUGUGAGCGCCUAGCUACCCCUGAGCUCCAGUACAAGGACAAGCUGGAUGCCAAGCAGUUCCCCACUACCAUCUCACUGCCCCUCAAGACUUCAAGGCCACUCUCCCCAUAAACAUCAGACUACAGAUUUAGGUGGAAGAGCUUCCAUGUUUGAAGGGCACAUGUGAUGAGUGGGGGGCAGCAAGAUGCCAUUUCUACAUCUCCCAGAAGGGAUGAGUCUUUGUCCUGAUACAAGCCCCCUCUUCGCUGGGCUCCCAGCAGUGCUUCCCUCCUCCACCCUCCACUCAUUUUGUUCUUUCCCCCCAACUUUUUUUUUUUUUUUGAAACUGAGUCUCGCUCUGUCCCCCAGGCUGGAGUGCAGUGGCAUGAUCUCGGCUCACUGCAACCUUUGCCUCCCAGGUUCAAGCGAUUCUCCUGCCUCAGCCUCCUAGGAUUACAGAUGCAUGCCACCAUACCCGGCUAAUUUUUAUAUUUUUAGUAGAGAUAGGGAUUCAACACGUUGGUCAGGCUGGUCUUGAACUCCUCACCUCAGGUAAUCCACAUGCCUCUGCCUCCCAAAGUGCUGCCAUUACAGGCGUGAGCCAUUAGGCCUGACCUCCCCUUCCCCUUUCCUGCCCCAAGGCAGAUCCACAUCACCAAAGCUCCCUAGAGAGGCAAAAGAUGGAGUGAGCCACAGAAAGUUUGGGGCGUGGUGAGUUGGAAUGAUACGUCCAUUUCUCUACGAAAUAUUUGCUACUAGACUGUUCGUUUCUCUCUGAAAUGUUUGUUGAAUGAAUAAAUAAUUUGAAACUUC